UUCAUGAACGUCUACUUGGAGUGUAUUCGCGAGGCCAAGGCGCAAGAUGCAAAAGAGAAUUUGAUCAAAGAGAAUGUGAAGAAAUACAACGAGAUCGUUAACAUGAUCUUCGAGUGGGUUGUUGCGAAGUUGAAGAUACGCAAUUUGUUUGCGGACGGCAUUUCUGAUGUCGAUCUGUUGGAGAAGAAGGAGAUGCUGACUGGGAAUCUCUCGACGUACACUGUGGAGGGAAAUACUUUAGUUAAUAAGGCUGUAGCUAUUAAGGAGCAAUUGCGAUUAAUAACUGAGCAAGACGAAGCGGACAUGUUGAUUUGUGUGGAGACAAGUGAGUUAAAACAAUUAGUACAGAACGUCUUAAUGAUGAUUGAAACGCAGUUACAAGGGAUUGUCGAGAUUGUGGACACGCGAAAUAACUUCCAAGAGCGGAAGCAAGAGAUUGACAAGAUCAUUUCUGAGAACGAGAAGUUAGUGUGUCAACGGCAUGCGAGUAUUAUGAGCGAGUUUUGUGCGGGUCCAGUGUCUGCAGAGUACUUCACUCGUCGCUUUACAGAGCUCCAAAUCUUGAAUGAGCAAUCAAUUGAAUUGUGUCGAAAGCGAGGAGAGAAAAGUGGGGAGGUCAUAGCAGCGAUCCCGCCGUGGGAGACGUUCUACAACUUCUGGGAGAGAGUUAUAAGUAUUUCACAGACGGUGGUGAACCACUUAAAGAAUUGUGUGUUGAAGAAACAAAGCUUCGAAGAGAAUUUUGAGAAGGCCAAGAAAUGGCAUGAGGCGGAGUGUCAAUAUGCAAAGAAUGUCUUACGAGCAGAAGAAUUUGUGACGUCGGAGAAGACGACAUUGAUGUUAGAACUACCGUCGAGCCACGAAUUCUAUAACAUCUUGUUGAGGAUCACGGGAGACUUAUUGCACGACUCGACGAAUGUGAGUGAGCUUGGAAAGAACUUGUUGGCGACUUCAAAAGAUUUGAAGAAUGCUGUUUUGGAGGUGAAAAGUAAUAUUGCGGGGAACAGGAAUUCGGUUGACAAGACGGUGAAAAAUGCGAAUGAUUUUGCGUUUGGGUUUAUUCAGAAUUGUACGCCGUACGCGGACGAGAAGAUGGAAGAAGGGAUGUUAAGUGGCGAUGCUGAGUUCAUUGACAAGUUAUCGAAGUUCUAUGAUGAGACGAAAAAGAAGAGUGGAAUAGAAGAGAAUCGAGAGAUAGAAAGGAAGAAGUACUCAUCUGCGUUCAAUGAGUAUGUGACAUGUGCAAAAGAUAUUUUGAGUGCGGAGCGAGUCAAUUUUGUGAGUCUGAAAACGUCUCGGAAUGACUUUGGGAUCAUGCAGGAGUGCAUUUCUAAAGAGACGGAGUGGGUGAACAAAUAUGUCGACUACGGUGAGAUGAAAGAGAGUGUCUCUGACUUACAGAAGAGGAUUACUGACAAAGGAUUGACUAAAAAGGAUGAGAAGAGUGACAAGAGUGUAGAGAAACAAGGCGAGAAGAGUGACAAAGUUGAGAGUAAAGAUGAGUCUGAGUUCUUAGACUCCAACAACAAAUUUAGAAGAGAAGCUUUGCUCGAUGUCUCACCAAUGCAACAACGGGAGUUCCAUCGGGAGUUCAUAACAAUGAUUCAAUCAGUGAAUGACUUGAGUCUGAAGCUUUCACUACUUCUAUCUUCGGAGAAGAAAACACGGGACACACACGUUGAAGUUGAAGACAUUCAAGAGCGAGUGUAUUCCUUGGCAAUUGAAGCAAUCAGAAGUCCACAAUUGCACUUUACGUGGAUGUGCGAAUUAUCACAGAAGUUAAAGAAGACGAAGUUGAUGAUAGAGCAUGGGCUCUGUGAAGUGGCUAUUGUAUACUACUUAUUCAAAUCAUUGUAUGGAGACAACGUUGCUGGAGACUACGAGAAAUUGCUCUUCAAAAUUGCACCGGACUUUUUGGUGUACGAGCCGUCGAAGAUCUCGACAGGAGUGGCUUCUGCGUUCACUGACGAGAAGAUGGUGAACCACGGGAAAUACGCGAUCGAAGCGUUUAAAGAGGGGGGUGCGUAUUCCCACGCGGAGUGCGUCUGCGAGUUCUUAUUAGCGCAUUUUAUGAACAUGAAUGACUUGUCGCAGAUUAUAACGACGCACCAACAAAUCGAGGAGCUCUACACGUCACUGAAUGAGUCUGGGAAGAAGCUGGAAAUGCACUUCUAUAAUGUCAUUGUGAGCAAUGACGUUGAAAUGAAUUCGAAUUCGACGGAGAAGAGUGUUGAAUACAUCUACGCCUCUAAACUUGUGUCGCCGGACUUCUUAAAGUACAUAGAACCGCUUUCAAGACGGUCCGCACGGAUUCAGGUGAGAGAAGUGUUUCCGGUGAUCAAUGGGAAGGUAGUCCGACAGCCCCAAAGUGUGUUAACACCAACAGAUGAGUUUAUGUUAGAGAGUGACAUCAUCGGAGAGACUAUUGAAGACACAACAGCAACUACUGUGGAGUAUAAAACGCAUCGAAAACUCCCAUCGUUACUGUCGCGAACUAAAGUAAUGAAUCAGAACAGAAAGGUGUUAACACCAUGCGAGAAGACUAUUGUUGAUUUGAAGAAAUUGUACGAGGCAUUAGACUCCGUGUUUAGUGUGGAGAAUACUAUAGAAAGGGAAGUCGAGUUUGAAACAGUCAUCCCGAUCUUGCGAUUCAUAUUGAAACCGACACAAUACACCGGACUCUUGACAGUCACACAAGUCUUCUUCGCAAAAGAGAUGAAAAUGAAUGAAAGAGGAACACUGAAAGAGUUAUAUGAAGUGGUGUGUAACAUGUCUGUAUUGUGUAAAAAGGUGUUGGACAAAUUCGAGAGUAAUCAUUCAAAAGAAGUCGCCGUUGCUCGAAAGGAUUAUUUCAAUUUCGCAAUGUUCAUCAAGUCGAUUGAGGAUGAAGUACUCGCGUUCUUUGAGAUGCCUAACGAAGAAGCGUAG